CGAGUAGGGAAGGCCAGUAGAAGUAGCGGGACAUGGUGUCGAAGGUCUUCUGGAAACUGAGAUGUACUGCGGUCUUGGCGUCGUGGUGCUCGGCCAACAGCUAAGUACGGAGGCCUCGUGCGUCGGGGAUGCAAAGUCGGCGAGUGCCUUUGGUAUCGAUGUAGAGGAGAUUGUUGUGAAGGGAGUAGUCGGGAACCGAGUCAAGAUCGCGGAGCUUGUUGUAAAUGGUGGCGACGUCUGGGCAGGAGAGAUAGCCUUGGGUGUAUCGAUGAUGAAGCGAUGGAAGGAGUUGAAUAUGAGUCAUGGUGGCGUAGACUUUCUCGGGGGGCUUGUGGUCGGGUCGUUGCGAGAGGGCAUCGGCAACGCGGUUGCUUUUGCGGGGGCGGGCUUGGCGUGGAGUGAUAUCYUUCUUGGAGAGGAUGGAGGAGACGAUGGUGUUGUCAGUUCGGAGGGUGAAGUAUUGCCCGUCGAGGUACGGGCGCCAGACUGUGAGGGCGUGAAUCACGACGGGGAGUUCCUUCUCGUUGGAGGGGUAAUUCAUCUUCGCGGGAAGGAGCUUCUUGCUUCAAGUUGCAAAGGCGAUGGGGUAUUCACCAGGUGGAGCCUCGGGGUAAGUGGGCGAGUCGUUGAUGGAGGGGGUCUCGACGGUGUCGCGGGGGAAAUGUUGGGACAGUACGGCUCCGAUGGCGAAGUCGGAGGCGUCAGUGGUGACAUAGAAAUGGCGAGUGGGGUCGGCGAUCUUGAGGACAGGGGCCGUGGUGAUGGUUUGCUUGAUGAUGGAGGUGGUGUCUUCGGGGGUGAUGUGGUGGAAAAAGCGGGUGCGGGAAGUGCCGGGCGGGGGCUGGUGGUGGGGGUGGAGUCGUCGAUCGUGGUGAAGCAUGCGAGAGAGGAGGUCAGCAAGGGGCAUGUCGGGUUCGUGGGCGAGGGCGGUUGCAAAGUCUUUGUGGCAUACUCGUUUGAUGCGGGAGAUGAACGCACAGUCGGGAAUGACGGUGUGGGGGAGGUGGUGUCAGAGGGAGCGGACGUAUUGGACGAAGUGGUCCGUGGGACCGGUCUGGCGGAGGUGGCAGAAUUGUUCAAGGUAGUCGUCAAUGGUUUUCUGGGGGCGAAAGGUGGCAGUGAGGAGGUUGGCCCAUUGGAGGAAGGUGUGACGUGGUCCUCCGGAGGCUCGGCGAUUGCUAACUUCAGCCAUCCACCACUUGGCUGCAUUGCCGAGGAGGCGGGAGGUGGCAAUGGGGAGCCAGUGGGCAAGGGGCAUGUGGUGGAGGUGAAAAGAGUUCUGAAGCUGGGUUAGGAAGAGGAAAACGUCCUUGUGAGGGAGGCCGGAGAAGG